AUGCCGAUCGUCAUGCCAGCCGCUUCGGUGCCCACAGAAUACGCGACCCCUCGUCCGGUCGAGCUAAUGGUGACCGCGUCCGCCCUGGACGAGACGCCCUGCGGCAAAGGUCCGAUGAUGGAGUCGCUGUCCGCGGCGGUGUGCGGAUACAAAAGCGCGCCGAACGCGGCCGAUCACGAGGCGUUCGUCCGGGACGCGGUGCGCCUGAUGCUUGAGCAAGCGGUGUUCCGGGGAACGGACCGCCGUCGCCCGGUGCUCAACUGGAAGAGCCCGGAAGAGUUACAGGCCGCAUUCGACUUCGGUCUCGACCGUUCGCCCACUACCCACGGACACCUGUUGAACUUGAUCGAGGACACCAUCGAGCACAGCGUCAAGACCGGACAUCCGUAUUUCAUCAAUCAACUGUUCUCUAGCGUCGACCCUUACGGUCUAAUCGGCCAAUGGCUGACCGACGCGCUCAACCCGAGCGUGUACACUUUCGAAGUGGCGCCUGUCAUGACCAUCAUGGAGGAAACGGUCCUGACGGAAAUGAGGAAGUUCCUGGGAUAUCCCGACGGCAAGGGCGACGGUAUAUUCUGUCCGGGUGGUUCGAUAGCCAACGGCUACGCGAUCAACUGUGCCAGGUUUUCCGCUUUCCCCGAGGUCAAGACAAGAGGGAUGCAUGGAUUGCCAAGGUUAGUAGUGUAUACGUCAGCCGAUGCGCAUUAUUCUAUCAAAAAAUUAUGUGCAUUCGAGGGAAUCGGUUCGGAUAAUUUGUAUUUGAUCAACACAGACGCCAAGGGAAAAAUGGACGUGUGUCAUUUAAGACAACAAAUUCAAAGAACAUUAGAAGAAAAAGCUGUGCCUAUUAUGGUGUCUGCUACUGCAGGUACAACGGUCCUGGGGGCGUUUGAUCCGAUAACGGAAAUCGCUGACGUUUGCCAUGAAUACGGUAUAUGGUUGCACGUUGAUGCGGCUUGGGGAGGCGGAGCUUUGGUGUCCAAAAAACAUAAACACCUGUUGACCGGCAUCGAAAGAGCCGACUCAGUCACCUGGAACCCUCAUAAAAUGCUCACAGCACCUCAACAGUGUUCAACGUUUUUGACCAAACACGAAAGCGUUCUGACCGAAAGCAACUCUUCUUGCGCUCAAUAUCUGUUCCAAAAAGACAAGUUCUACGAUACUUCGUUUGACACCGGCGAUAAGCAUAUACAAUGUGGCCGUCGGGCGGACGUGUUCAAAUUUUGGUUCAUGUGGAAAGCCAAGGGAACGGACGGAUUGGAAGCUCACGUUGACGAAAACUUUGACAACGCCAAAUAUUUCACUGAGAUGAUUCGAAACAGAGAUGGUUUCAAAUUGGUACUCGAAGAACCGGAGUACACUAACAUAACAUUUUGGUAUAUACCACCGAGCUUGCGUGGACGUCAGAACGAACCAGAUUUUAAGAAUAAACUCCACAAGGUAGCGCCGAAAAUUAAAGAGAGGAUGAUGAAGGAAGGCACGAUGAUGAUCACAUACCAGCCAUCCGACGAUUUGCCGAAUUUCUUCCGACUUGUGCUUCAAAACUCGUCUUUAGACCAAAAUGAUAUGGAUUAUUUCGUGAACGAAAUCGAACGGCUGGGUUCAGAUUUGUAA